AUGGACGCUGCCGGUCUGGCCAUAACGGUCACCGGCUGUGUUCUCAAGCUUUUGGCCUUUUCCAUCGACUUCAUCACCGAUGCAAAGCAAGUCUACCAGAAAGGCGCCACUGAUCGGAAUUUAGAUCUUGUGAUGGUUUCGAAAAGCAUACAGAAUGCGACGAAGAACUUAGAGAGUCAGCUAGGGGAAGCUAAUGGGCGAAGCCAAGGAAACAUCGAUCCCGUUGAACGAGACAUUCUCAUGCUUGCUACUCGCGCAGCUAACAUAGGAAAUGAGUUGACGUCCCGUCUGAACAAAGCCCACGCCGACCCAAAAUCGAAAUGUAAAGCCUUCCGAACCGCUAUAAAGGGGAUAUGGGAUGAGAAAGAUAUCGAAAAGACAGAAAAACAGCUAAACGGAAUCCGAAGCGAAAUACAAUUUAGGAUUCUCAUCGAUAUUAGGAAGUUAGUUGGGGAAUCCCGGAGUGAUGAGUAUCAGCGCAUAUUAUCAACCUUGGAACAAACCGCGGAUAGCCUGGCGGAAUCUAGACAGGACAACAGAACCGUGAUAGAGAUUCUCAAUCAAAUGAAUGAGUCCAUCAAAGCCUUACAAUCACGCGUCGAUAGGCCACCUACAAACGAAGAAUCAACUCUAGGGUCUGCGACAAACUCACUCUCGUGCCAGUUGGAUGAUGCCACGAAGGAAAGGGCAGAAGACAUCGUUUUAAAUUUGCUGUGGUACCCGAGCAUUCGAGACCGCGAGGAAAGCGUGUGUGAGGCCUACUCCAAUACACUGCACUGGAUAUACGAUGAUCCAAGUGCCAGCAGCAAAGAUUGCGAGUGGGAUAGUUUUGUCAACUUCCUUGCAGGAGAUAGAAGCAUGUACUGGAUCACCGGAAAACCAGGAUCUGGGAAAAGUACUUUGAUGAAAUUCAUCAAAGAACAACCAAGAACUACGCAGAUACUCAAAACAUGGGCUGGAAAUAGACAUCUGCUUACCGCCUCGUUCUAUUUCUUUUACAGAGGUUCGGAGGAACAAAAGACUGAACUCGGUUUGCUGCGGUCUCUUCUGUACUGGAUUCUCUCCGAAAGGAGAGAAUUAAUUCCGUCAAUAUUUCGUCAGCGGCUUGCUACCGCUGUUGACGGCAAACGACAGACUCCCAUAACUUUAGCUGAGGCGAAGCUUGCUGUCCGCGACUUGUUUCGACAAUGCCCUUACCUAUGUUUCUUCCUAGCUAUCGAUGGACUAGAUGAAUUUGACCCAGAAGUUUCUCUAACUCGUGUCACAUCCCUUAUCGCCUUAACCGAGAUGUUGGGGGGUUUUCCAAAUGUGAAACUUGUCUUAUCAAGCAGGCAGCUACCAGAAUUUGAGCAUGGGUUCCUGGGAUGCCCUCGUCUAAGAAUUCAUCAUCUGACUACAGAUGACAUCUGCCAAUAUGCUACGGAGAGACUAGAAAGUCAUCAGCAUAUGCAAGCCCUGCUCCGUAGGGACCAGGAUAACUCCAGGAAGUUGAUAGACUCGAUUGUAUCAAUGGCUUCCGGGGUUUUCCUCUGGGUUAUGCUUGUCACAGAGUCUCUCCUCGAAGGCCUCACAAAUCGCGAUAGCAUUCAUGACCUACAAGACCGGCUCAACAGUCUCCCUUCUGAUCUAAAGGACUUGUACAAAGUGAUUAUACUGAGAAUCAGCCCUGUAUACCGCAGACAGACAUGUGAACUACUUCAAUUGGUCUAUUUCGGUACAGAGACACAGCAAUCUCUAAGCGCCCUGGAGCUAUAUUUUGCUGAACUAGAAGACUAUGAUGAUGAUCUCGCAAACUCGCCUCUAGUCGGCAAUGAAGAACUAGAGGAUUAUUCCCGUAACUUGGAAUUCCGGAUCAAGAGCCGCUGCCUCUGCUUGGUGGAGACUGUUGAGAAAGAGAGAUCAGUUAAUGCUACUAUAUGCGAUCGUCUCGCAUUAACAGAACUAUCCUUUCUCCACAAGACUGUUAGAGAGUUUCUAGAUGAAACUACUAUCAAGGAGCCAUUUUUUCUAGCACACUGUCGCCCAAGAUUUAAUCCUCGUCGGCGUCUCCUCGGUAGUGCGAUUCUUCGUGCGAAACAUGUAAGAUUACCACCUCUCGAAGAUUUCUAUCACCAUCUAAGGGAUGUGCUACCGCGAUUUAUUCUAAGAGUAAUCAAACGCGCAAUACAUACAGAAGAAGACACCAAGGACGGCAACUCAGACCUGCUCCAGGCAUUCGACUCGAUCCUAACCGCUCAGUAUCCCAAACUAUCUCAUUCACUUACGCAUAAAACUCCACAUUGGUUUGAAAACAUUGAAUUUAUUCCCUUAAAAGGAUAUCAUCUCCCUGCAGAUACACAUCCAUCUUUUCUCGCCUUCACGGUUGGAUGCGGGCUAGAGUGCUACCUCAAAGAGCAGAUCCAAAUUCACGGCAAAGAAAUACUCGCGAAAGAGGGCUUUCCGCUCUUAGGGCAUGCGCUCCGUCAUGCCGUCUUUUCUGUCGGAGGAAACAGGUUCUUGAACAUGGUUCAACUUCUCCUAGAUAAUGGAUGCGACCCCAACCAAGCCUUUAAUGGUGUAUCGGUAUGGGGCUGGUAUUGGUGCCUAUUUUUCUAUCAGUGGUACGCUGAUAGACUCGUUUUGUAUCAAAAAAUAACUUCUGAGAAGUAUUGGCUUUGCCAAUUGGGUAUUAUGAGGGCUAUGCUUAUGGCGGGCGCGGAACCAAAUACUAACGUACCAUUAUCGCACGACGUAGGCGAUGGGCAAAGGGCUAUUACUCCACUCGCGGCAUUGACUUAUGCUCAGAAUGUGGUACUAUAUAAAAAACCACGAUUACAAUGCAAGCUACUUCUAAACCAUAUCGAAGGUUCAAUCGAAAUCCUGAAAGAAUGGGGCGGGAUCGAACACCGAAACAUGGAAGCACAUAAUUCGAAAUGGUUGAAGAGAUUACAAGAUCUGUAUUAUAGAGCAAGAGAAAAAAGACAGGGCUAA